GUAUAUAUAUUUAUAUGUAGGAUACACAUAUAUAUAUGUGGACAUGUAGACAUACAUACACAUACACAUUUACUCAAAAGAGUUUAAGUGCAAUAAUAGUUGUGUUGCAGCACUAAACUUUGCCAUCUUGACCAGCUGAUUCCCUAUCGAGUCUUAUAUUCCGUCUUAUCUAGACUAUACCAAUAUUAAGAAGCAAUAAAUAAUACUUACAUUUCUUAGAUGCCUUAGUUUGACUUUAUUUCCCAUAUUAAAAGCAUGAGGCCUGUGAGGCAACUCAGGCAAGGACUCAGAGAACCUCACCUAUUGUGAAUAUCCAGGUCUUUGCUUUUUCAAAGCAAGACUUAGAUAAAGAAAGGAACAGUGACCCUCUGCCUCAGUGGUUCUCAAAGUGUGGUCCAUGGAAGCCUGGCAACCUAGACCUUUCUAAGGGACCCCAUGAGGUCAAAACUAUUUUAUAAUGCUCAGGGAUUUUUGCCUGUUUCAUUGAUGGUGCAAAGCCAUUGUUAGUAAGGCAUCUUCACGUUACUCAAGAUGGAGGCAUGAGACUGUGCUGAAGGAAUUGUGUUCUUCACUGGUACACACUUGCAAUUAAAAAACCAGGUUCACCUACUGUCCUUAUUGAGGCAGCAAAAUUUAUUGUUUUAAUAACUCUCAACCUCUGACUGCAUGUUUUAUUAAUACACUACAUGAUGAAAUGGGAAUAAUACACAAAGCACUUUUGCUGCAUUCCAAAGUGCAAUGGUUGUCUCAAGAGAAAGCUCUUUUGUAAUGGAGUUGAAAGUAGGAUGAGCUUACUUUAUCACAUUAUACUACUUUUACUUUAAUAAAACAACUGAUUAUUGAGACUUGAGUAUGUGGCAUAUAUAUCCUCAAAAUGAAUGAAGUGAUCCUGACACUUCAAGGAGAACAACUAAUAGUAUUUGUUGACAGCAAUAAAAUUGAAACUUUCAAGUGAUAAUUAGAAUUUUGGAAAACUUGUGAUCACUGUCAUGAGCUUGACAGCUUCCCAGUACUUAAACAUUUUUCUGAUGAUAGUGGUGAUAUUAAUGAAUGUGAUUUUAAAAUAUUAUUACUAAAAUAUGUCUUAAUAUUUUAUUAUGAUGAAAUGUGUCAACAUUUGGAAGAUCUGCAUAACUCCAUGAUCCAAUGUUUUCCAAAUUACCAAUGCAUGAUGUUACAAAAUCAUGAAUAUGUAAAAAAAAUCCAUUCAAAGUAUAAGAUGGAAUAAUUAAUUUUAAUAUAAUGAAGUUUAAAAAGCUCUUUGAUAUAGUUUCCAAAUUUCAUAUUGCAACUAAUUUAGUCAAGGUUUAGUAUACUCUUAAAAAUAAAUAUCUGCAAUGCUAUAAAAAGAACACUCUUCCGUUUUCCAACCACGUCUUUGUGAGGCCAUGUUUGGUGCAUAAAUUUCAGAUAAAACAACAUAUCACAAUAGAUUGAAAUUUCAGACAAAACAGCAUAUCAUAUCACGCUAGAUUGAAUGCAGAAGCAGAUAUGUCUUCUAUUCAGCUGUCUUUUAUAUUAAGCAGGCAUUACAGAGAUUUGCAAAAUUGUAGAACAAUUUCAUCGUUCUACUAAUUUUGUUUUAGAAAAUAUGGUUAUUUUCAUAAUGAUAUAUAUUAGUGAAUGAGUUUAGUUUUCAAUAAAUUAUAUAUAUUUUAAAUUUAUUGGUUUUCCCUUCUAGUAUAGUAAAUAUGUAUAGGUAUAACCCAUGUAAACACUUUGGGUUUCUCCUCAUUGUUUUAGAGUAUAAGGGGCUCCUGAGACCAAAAAGUUUGAGAGCCAUUGCUCUAUAUUGGUGCAUUUUAUUUCUGAAAUUGUUGCUCACUUUUAUAAAUAAGUCCAAUUUCCUCUAUGAUGUAAGGAAACUUAUCAUGGAGGAGACAACAACCAAAUCUAUCAAGGAACAAUAGACUAUAACACAGGUGGUUUGCUAAUUAUCCCCGCCACUGCAGCUGAUUAGGGUCACCCUAAAUCUGAGUUGGAUGAACAUUGCUUCAUGAAUAAGCAUCUGAAUUUAUUCAUUUAGUCAACAGUUGUUCAGUUUCUUGUUUUUCAGGCACUAUGGCAAGUAAUGGGGAUGCAAAAUAGAGUAAGACAGUAGCUUCUGAAGUGGAAGGUGGAAGUCAAGAUGAGUUUAUGCCGUUCUUACUGCCACUGAGACAACUGUGACUAUCAAAUAUUUGGAGCAGUGGGACUGUAAUAAUUUACUGAGAAUAAAAGAGGCCAUACAGUGUCAGGAAAAUCCAAGUUUGGGCUAGCCUAAAAUUUUAAUGACACUAGAAAGAUACAAAGUAAUUUAUUGAGCUUGUGCCAUUUGCCUCUAACACGUUUUAAGGAAACGUAUAGGCAGAACAUGUAGAUUCUACCAUCAAGAAACCUGCAGCCUACUGGUGGUAACAGAAGGGAGUUAAGAAAAGUUGUGUUUCAGUAAAAUGAGGAAACUGUAUUCUGCACAGAUGUCAAGUAGGUAGGUCAUAGGGGAGAACACUGCCAGGCAGUUGAAAUUUUUAACAUUGUAUUAAAGAACAGAUUUAAAAAGAAGACAAAUUAUUGUUUAAGAAGAAGAAGUCACAAAGCAGCAAGACAGAAUAGGUAACGUUGUAAUCGUUGCCAAAGCUGUAAUCAAAGAAGAGGCUUUGCUUUUAUCUGGGAUGUUUAUUGUCUAUCUAGUUCUUAAUUCAAUAUUAGGGAAGCAAGGUGAAAUUUUUUUGGCCCUCCUUGGCCACCCUUAUUCCUUGCCAUAAGGUAAAGAAAUAAUUUUUAUUCUCACAGUAGCAGGAUGAUUAACCUCAGUUCCUGGGUCACACUAAAGGCAGAGAAAAAAGGAGGAGCCAGGACAAGAAGAAAAGAAUGUGCCUCUUUUCUCUUUUCCCAGAGCCUUGAGUGUGCCCUUUUCAUUUACCUUCUGUCAUUUGGUUAGAGAUAGGAGUUUGCAGAGUAAACUGAUGUCUCAGAGGAGAAAAGUAGGAUAUGGGAUACGUUUGGGGUUCACAGUAAAAUGUGAGAAGUACAGGAAACAGAAAAAAAUCAUACAAAAAAGAUUGAAGCACAGAGACAAAAAGGAAACAAGGAAGAAAAUUUGGGGCCUCCUCAACCCACCACCAUCAAUAAGAUCUUUCUUCUUAAAAGACAAGGACCACAUGGAAACAUUGUUUUCCUUCCCCAUGGAACAAGCAAAAUGCUUUAUAAAUAGGUCUCAAUAAAGAAUUAAUACAAAUGAAUGCUAAAAUUAUACUUAAAAAUAGUUUAAAGCAAAAAAAAAAAAAAAAAUAGCUUAAAGCAGUAACCCAAGAUGGUAGGAUAAAUAGCAAAAACAUUUCAAAGAAUGGGCUCGAGUUCUCCUGGUAUGUUCAUUUUCUGUUUAAGAUAAAUGAGGGUCCAGAAAAUAACUGAUACUUGGCGAGUGUCUGGCCAUGUUCUUUCUGUCCCACGUGGAGCACAAAGAGAACCUUGUUAUUGGGCAAUAAAAGACAAGUAAAGUACUUGCCUUUUCCACUUGGGUCUCCUUAUUUCCUCGACUGGUGGUUUUAUUCAGUGGCUCAUUGGAACAUUGAUGAGUCUUGACAACUCUUGCACUAAUUCAGACCUCUGUUGUGAGGAGUUGGAGCCACAUUUGUUAACAAUGCAGUAUGUUGCACUUGAAGAUAAAUUAAUUUAUGAGAAAUCUCUCUUUUCUCAGAAACAUGAUUCCUGUGACAGAAUUCCGGCAGUUCUCUGAACAGCAACCUGCCUUCCGAGUGCUGAAGCCAUGGUGGGAUGUGUUUACGGAUUACCUGUCAGUAGCCAUGCUCAUGAUCGGCGUGUUUGGAUGUACUUUACAGGUCAUGCAAGACAAGAUAAUCUGCCUUCCGAAAAGAGUGCAGCCUGCUCAAAACCACUCUUCCCUUUCGAAUGCCUCUCAAGCAGUUGCCAGUACCACCCCGCUGCCUCCACCUAAACCAUCUCCUGCUAACCCCAUCACUGUGGAAAUGAAAGGCCUGAAGACGGAUCUGGACCUUCAGCAGUACAGCUUUAUAAACCAGAUGUGUUACGAGCGAGCCCUCCACUGGUAUGCCAAGUAUUUCCCUUACCUGGUCCUCAUCCAUACCCUGGUCUUUAUGCUCUGCAGUAAUUUUUGGUUCAAAUUCCCUGGCUCCAGCUCCAAAAUAGAACAUUUCAUCUCCAUUCUGGGGAAGUGUUUUGACUCUCCUUGGACCACACGAGCUUUAUCUGAAGUGUCUGGGGAGGAUUCAGAAGAAAAGGACAACAGGAAGAACAACAUGAACAGGUCCAACACCAUCCAGUCUGGUCCAGAAGGCAGCCUGGUCAACUCUCAGUCUUUAAAGUCCAUUCCUGAGAAGUUUGUGGUUGACAAAUCUACUGCAGGGGCUCUGGAUAAAAAGGAAGGUGAGCAGGCAAAGGCCUUAUUUGAGAAGGUGAAGAAGUUCAGGCUGCAUGUGGAAGAAGGCGAUAUUCUAUAUGCCAUGUAUGUUCGCCAGACUGUGCUUAAGGUUAUCAAAUUCCUAAUCAUCAUUGCAUAUAAUAGUGCUCUGGUUUCCAAGGUCCAGUUUACGGUGGACUGUAAUGUGGACAUUCAGGACAUGACUGGAUAUAAAAACUUCUCUUGCAAUCAUACCAUGGCACACUUGUUCUCAAAACUCUCCUUUUGCUAUCUGUGCUUUGUUAGUAUCUAUGGAUUGACAUGCCUUUAUACCUUAUACUGGCUGUUUUACCGUUCUCUACGGGAAUAUUCCUUUGAGUAUGUCCGGCAGGAGACUGGAAUUGAUGAUAUUCCAGAUGUGAAAAAUGACUUUGCUUUUAUGCUUCAUAUGAUCGAUCAGUAUGACCCUCUUUAUUCCAAGAGAUUUGCAGUGUUCCUGUCUGAAGUCAGUGAAAACAAAUUAAAGCAGCUGAACUUAAAUAAUGAAUGGACUCCCGAUAAACUGAGACAGAAGCUACAGACAAAUGCCCAUAAUCGACUGGAAUUGCCUCUUAUCAUGCUCUCUGGCCUUCCAGACACUGUUUUUGAAAUUACAGAGUUGCAGUCUCUAAAACUUGAAAUCAUUAAGAACGUAAUGAUACCAGCCACCAUUGCACAGCUAGACAAUCUUCAGGAACUCUCUCUACACCAAUGCUCUGUCAAAAUCCACAGUGCAGCUCUCUCUUUCCUGAAGGAAAACCUCAAGGUCUUGAGCGUCAAGUUUGAUGACAUGAGGGAGCUCCCCCCCUGGAUGUAUGGACUCCGAAAUCUGGAAGAACUGUACCUGGUUGGCUCUUUAAGUCAUGAUAUCUCCAAAAAUGUCACCCUUGAGUCUCUGCGGGAUCUCAAAAGCCUUAAAAUUCUCUCGAUCAAAAGCAAUGUUUCCAAAAUCCCUCAGGCAGUUGUUGAUGUUUCCAGCCAUCUCCAGAAGAUGUGCAUACAUAAUGAUGGCACCAAGCUGGUGAUGCUCAACAACUUAAAGAAGAUGACCAAUCUAACAGAGCUGGAGCUCGUCCACUGUGACCUGGAGCGUAUUCCUCAUGCUGUGUUCAGCCUACUCAGCCUCCAGGAAUUGGACCUGAAGGAAAACAAUCUGAAAUCUAUAGAAGAAAUUGUUAGCUUUCAGCACUUGAGAAAGUUGACAGUGCUAAAACUGUGGCAUAACAGCAUCACCUACAUCCCAGAGCAUAUAAAGAAACUCACCAGCCUGGAACGCCUGUCCUUUAGUCACAAUAAAAUAGAGGUACUGCCUUCCCACCUCUUCCUAUGCAACAAGAUCCGAUACUUGGACUUAUCCUACAAUGACAUUCGAUUUAUCCCACCUGAAAUCGGAGUUCUACAAAGUUUACAGUAUUUUUCCAUCACGUGUAACAAAGUGGAAAGCCUUCCAGAUGAACUCUACUUCUGCAAGAAACUUAAAACUCUGAAGAUUGGGAAAAACAGCCUAUCUGUACUUUCACCGAAAAUUGGAAAUUUACUAUUUCUUUCCUACUUAGAUGUAAAAGGCAAUCACUUUGAAAUCCUCCCUCCUGAACUGGGCGACUGUCGGGCUCUGAAGCGAGCUGGUUUAGUUGUGGAAGAUGCUCUGUUUGAAACUCUGCCUUCCGAUGUCCGGGAGCAAAUGAAAACAGAGUAACUUAUUUUUUGUUAAAAUUUGACUGAAACACGCUUCUACCAAAUACAGUGUGAAUAAUUAGGUAGUGUUAAUGGCUUUCCUAUUUUUUUUUUCCUUUUCACACAAAACAAAAUGUACACAAAGAUUGAGUAAGGAAUAUGUAUUUUUAAUAAAAAUUUAAUUGUAUUUUUUCAAUAUUAAUAUUUUAAAGUUUUAUUUGUCUUGAAACACAAUGUAUCUAUUAUCUACUGACAGAAAGAGAUGGUUCCAUUGUUGUGGUUUUUUUGUUUUCGUUUUUUAGUUCAUUCUUGUGGAAAGGAGGGAAUUAUAAGUUGCAUGCUUUUUGACACUUUUUAAAUAGAGGAAGAUAUUUUGCCAAGGCCAUUUUUAACUUGUUUACACCUAUACAGGGUCCUUAUUUUUGUUUUCAUUGUGUGUGUAUCAAGAAAUCUGUGCUAGUUAUUUUAAUACCAGCUGCCUUCUCCAUUGGCCAAGACCUUCAUUCAGUGGAACUUCACAUAAGUGCAUUGUCACGUAUUGUCAGAGUAUUUUAAAUGUUCCCCUGCCUCCAGCGAAACCCGAAAGUGUAUUAUUUCACAUACCUUGCAGUUAUCAUUAUCCUUAGACAAGGUUUUUGUGAGUGAAGAAAAUAAUCUUUAGUGGUUGAUAUGUUUGAAUUGGUCAUUUAUCAUUUAACUUACUUGCAUUUUACCAACAUUUUUAAAAUAUUUAAAACCUAAAUAUAGAGGCUCUUCCCACCUUAAUCUCAAUACUGCUAUGUAGUACUGGUGAACAACCUUAGAAAACCUAGAUUUAUUUUAAUAUUCUUGUAGGUAAUUAAAUUUAAAGAUUAUAGAAUUAGAAGCUUGGUUUUUGAGUAAUUUAAUCAACUUUUAUAUCUUGAUAUGUGGCUGCAUCAGAUGGGAAAAAAUUUACUAAAGCACCCUGUUAAAGAGCUGGUGUCCUCCAGGGAGGCCCUCUCCUUUUCUCAGCACAGUGUGGCAGUGGUAAUCUAUUCACAUUUUGCCUGUUGAACAAAAUAAUCCACUUAUAGAUACAGUCAGCCUUCCGUACUUGCGGGUUCUGCAUCUAUGGAUUCAACCAACUGUGGAUGGAAAAUAUUCAAAAAGAAAGUUGUGUCUGUACUGAAUAUGUACAGACUUUUUUACUUGUGAUUAUUCCCUAAACAAUACCACGUAACAACUAUUUAAAUAGCAUUUACAUUGUUCUAGGUAUUAUAAGUAGUUACCUAGAGAUGAUUUUAAGUAUAUGCGAGGAUGGGCAUAGGUUAUAUGCAAUUACUACACCAUUUUAUAUCAAGGAUUUGGACAUCCUCAGAUUUUGGUAUCCGAGGGCAUCUUGGAAUCAAUUCCCCAUGAUACUAAGGGAUGACCAGAUGUGGAUCGAUUUCCCUCAAGCCUGCCCUUGCUGUGAAUACUAGUGCUACAGGCACAGGAACUCUAUCUGCUCUCUGGCUUAAAAUAUGUAUCUCGUUGAAAAUUGUUUGUUAAAGUGUGAAUAAAUUGCUAAGUUGUUGUUGCUUAGCAAUAAUUUUUGCCUGACCAUCAGCAGAGCUUUUAUUCGCCUUUGUACUUAAAAUCCGACAUAGCAUGGGCUCUUGGGCAAAAUAUUUCACUGACUAUUAAGCAUGUAGAACAGGAAAAUGAAAUACACUAUUUGUGCCCUUGAUGCAGAACCAGAACUACCGAUUAUGAGAACUUUGUUAUAUGUACCAAAUUCACAUUGACCAUUUUCUGAGCUGUAAACUGAUUUAAGUAAGUUUUGUGACUUAACAAUGAAAGAAAGUAGAAAGAUGCUUUGGGUUUUCGAAAUGUUGUUUUAAAAAAUUGCUCCUUGGGUGAAUUUACCCAUUGCUACUUUGAGUUGUAUACAAAAGCCAAUGAUGAGAAUUGCUCCUCAGAAAUGUGUGCCUAAGUUGUGUUUUAAACUUUACAAUACAUGGUGGGCUGAAGCAUUAGAGAAA